GGAGCCUCGAUUUUGAUUGGGUCACAAGGAUUAUAGUGUGCAACUUCGUGCCCCGGUAAAAUAUUUUUGACAUAAAUUUAGCCCGCGAUUUCACGCAUAAUUACAACAUUAUGUGCUUGUAAAAAUAUAUAUGCAAUGAAUGACAUUAGUGUGUAUCCUUUUAUAUAUUGGAACAUAUUUACGAUCCGUUUCAGUGCCUUUUCCAACAGCCCGAGAGGCAGAUGUUGCCUAUCAAGUCUUGAGAGUUGAUUCCGAACCAAAGCGCAGUGGUGUUGUGAAAAUUCUAUCCAUAGAAGAAAACCGUCUCAACGUACAAUUUACUGGCACUGAAGCUCGCAAGGUUCGCGUAGGACUGACUUCUUUUUUUGAAAACUUAAUACUCGUUGUGGAAACUAUGAAAGAGUUUGGUCCUCCUGUGCCCGAGUAUACAUAUUAUUGAUCAAAGACCUCUCUAU